AUGCUUAGUAACAGGAAGUGUAAAUCUGAAGCACAGCAGAUGAGGGUUUGGGUGAAGAUAGUCUCUCUGCCUCUAGGUUUCCACUGGCCCCUUGGGGAGACCCUGUGUCGGGUCACCGCCCUUCUGUUCUACGUCAACACCUACGCAGGGGUCAACUUCAUGACCUGCCUGGCCGUAGACCGCUUCGUAGCCGUGGUUCUCCCUCUACGUUACACCAGGCUCUGCCGGGCCCGGACCAUCCGCUACGUCUGCAUAGGGGUGUGGGUUCUAGUCCUGGUCCAGACGUUACCCCUCCUUUCCGUGACCAUGACCCGGGCCGAGCCGGACGGGACCACCACCUGCAUGGAGUACCCCAACUUUGAGAACGGGGCCGUGGAGGGACUCCCCUACGUCCUCAUUGGAGCCGUCGUCAUGGGAUACGGCGUUCCCGUUGCAACCAUCCUGUGUUGCUACUUGGUGUUGCUUUGGAAGCUGCGUGUGGUGACGAGAAGUGGGGUCGGUGGGCGAGGUCACAGGUCAUUGAGGAGCCAGAAGGCGACGGGGGUGAUAGCAGGGGUAGUGUUGGUGUUUGUAGUGUGUUUCAGUCCCUAUCACAUCAACAUCCUGCAGUAUAUGAUCCGAAAGCUGAGAUACACACCAGACUGUACCGAGCUACAGGCCUUUCAGGUAUCUCUACACUUCACUGUGUGUCUCAUGAACCUCAACUGCUGCCUGGACCCCUUUGUCUACUUCUUUGCCUGUAAGGGUUACAAGAGGAGGGUGAUGAAGAUGUUGAAGGUUCAGGUCAGCGCCUCUUUCUCCAGCGUGGUCCGAACCGGGGAGGACACCCCCUUCAAAUGGGGGGGGAACCAGGACGGGAGGAGCAGGCUGGGUAGCCGCACAGUUUGUCCUGUUGCUUUAGAUAAUGUUACCAAUACCAUUCCUGGGCCAGAGAUUGAGACAGGAGCCGGAGACUGAGACUGAGACAGGAGCCGGAGACUGAGACAGGAGCCACAUCCAACCAACUACCCCUGAGACAGGAGCCACAUC